AGGUACCUAUAGAUUUUAAAUAACAUCCAGAGAUUUUAUCCAAAACAAUAAAAUCAGAAAAAGUACUGUAAUUAUGGCAUCUGAGAAAGACCCUUUAGUAAGCGAAAGAUCAGGAACAGUACGAGAAGUAGGAAAUCAUGCUAUAUGGAGUUUGUCGUCAUGUAAACCAGGUUUCGGAAUAGAUCAAUUACGAGAUGACUGUAUGGAUACAUAUUGGCAAUCUGAUGGACAACUUCCACACUUAGUAAACAUUCAGUUUCAAAGAAAAACAAUGGUGUCGCAUAUUUAUAUAUAUACUGACUAUAAAUUAGAUGAAAGCUAUACCCCCAGCAGAAUUUCGAUCAGGGCUGGUACACACUUCAAUGAUUUGCAAGAGAUUGAAGUUAUUGAACUGAUUGAACCAAGUGGAUGGGAAAUGAUCCCUAUAAAGGAUAUGCAUGACCGACCAAUAAGAACCUAUAUGAUACAAAUAGCUGUACUGAGUAAUCAUCAAAAUGGCCGGGACACACACAUGAGGCAGAUAAAAGUUCAUUCUCCUUGUGAGCCUACUUCAUUUGAUAUAAACAAGUUCAGGAAUUUCUCUACUGUGCAAUUCCAACAAUAUGCUACUAUAAGAUAAUUUAUAUUGUUUAUUUCCCAAAUGUCUUUCUGUAUGUACUAAUCGUUAUAUAUCAAAAAUAAAUGAAUACAAUAAAUG